AGUUCAAUUUUUAAAACGAAUACCAAGUAAUUAAUGUGGUGAAAUAAAAAAAUAUGCGGCAAACGAUUAAAAAAAACGCAGCUAUAGCAAAAGCAAAAUGUUUUGAACGUGUUUUAAUACUUCUGCGUAGUACUUGGGCGUUUAAAUACAUUUUAGUGUACAGAUUUCAGUAAAGACUUUUAUUUUGCAGUGCGCGUUAAACUCGAUUUACAGGAGGGAUGUAACUCCAAGAGCCCGUCGUUUUUAAAUCUUUCUGCAAUAUACAAACUUCUCGAUGUUUCCGCCAAAAUACCCUUGAUUUUCAACUACAGCCGAAUACUUUGGACGCUAAACGCUCGUUCUGCGCAGAGAGCCGGUGAGGAUGUACGUUAGCGAGGACUGUGGGGCUGUGUAUGUCCGAGAGAAAGGAGAACUGCGGUACGUGAACGCAGACAGGAACGAUGCUCCGCAGCACAGACUCUUCUCCAGGGACUUCUCCUUUCAGCUCUGCAUCGACACGUUACCGUCCUCGAGCCACACAAAGAGAAGAGACCACUUCAUAUUUACCUACAACAAAGAGGGCAGUCUGCGGUACACGGUCAAGUCUCUAUUUGACAUCUCUUUACAGUUCAUCGCUGAUCACGUCGAGCAUGUGGACUCGCUCGUCGGGUUUCCCGAGCAAAUGGCUGAUAAGUUGUUCUCGGCCGCUGAGGAGAGACACAAAUUCACGGAGCCUCACACGGCUCCCAGGGCGCUGCAGGUCUUCUGUGAGGCCUACGGAGAAUUAGUCCUGAGAUCCCUGUGCUUGAGAAACAGGAAUCUCUUGAUAUCCGAAAGGUUGGAGGAGAUCAGACAGUUUCAGGGUCUGGAGAGCCUGGACCUCUAUGGAUGCAGGUUAGGUGAAAACCAUGAGGUUUUUAAAUACAUAACCUCUGAAGCCCUGGCUAGUCUUGUGAAACUUUUCAUAGGUGCGAACUGCCUUUCUGAUGCAGGACUGCAGAGACUGACCGCACCGGUAAGGGUGAUGAAGAAAGGUCUGGAAAACCUGCAACUCUUGGAUCUCUCUGAGAAUCCCAUUACUGAAAAAGGUCUUGGAUAUCUAACAUGCUUUAAAACGCUCCAGAAACUGGACAUAUCGGGGACAAGUGUGACGGUGAAUUUGUCUUUGAAGGGAUUCUUCAGAAAGCAUAUGAAAAUGGUCUUAUCAGAAGCACCUUUGAAGGAGUUUUCACACUCUGAUUGCAAAACAGAAGGCUGGGCUGAACAGGUAAUAAACCAAUGGGAAAUUACAGCUUCUGAAGUACCAAAGAAAGACUACAAACCAAGAACAAAUGCUCUCAGUUUCUAUGGAAGAGAAAAGUUUGUCCGAGAGUCGUUAAACUCCUGGUCUGGUACGAGUGACACCACAAAGAAAGACAAAGUUGUGGCCAUUCACUUUUACAAGGUUGAUCUUUGUGACACGAGUUCAACAGCAGACCAGAACACACUUUCAUCAACGGCGGCGGCGGCGGCUGUUCAGAAGGGCAAGAAGAGGAGACUAUCAACAGAGGGAGAGCAAAGUUCAGCUCCUCUGUCGAAGCGCCAGUCUCUGUCAGCUCUGUCUGCAGAGGAUAUAGAUCUGUUAAAUAGUUAUUAAGCGGACGCAGACACGUGACAUCUCUGCAGUGCAUUCCUCUGUGAGGAACGUGACACUGAAGUGCUUUUAGUUUGGAUUUUUCACAAUUAAAAACGGCUUGCUUUUUA